UAUUGUCCCCCCCCCCCCAACCAUGUGAUUCCGGUGUUCCAAUCCCCUGCAUAUCAUGUGAUUCAGGUGUUCCAAUCCCCUCCCAAUCAUGUGAUUCAGGUGUUCAUAUCCCCUCCAUAUCAUGUGAUUCAGGUGUUCCAAUCCCCUCCCAAUCAUGUGAUUCAGGUGCUCCAAUCUCCUCCAUAUCAUGUGAUUCAGGUGUUCCAAUCCCAUCCCAACCAUGUGAUUCAGGUGUUCCAAUCCCCUCCAUAUCAUGUGAUUCAGGUGUUCCAAUCCCCUCCAUAUCAUGUGAUUCAGGUGCUCCAAUCCCCUCCAUAUCAUGUGAUUCAGGUGUUCCAAUCCCCUCCCAAUCAUGUGAUUCAGGUGUUCCAAUCCCCUCCAUGUCAUGUGAUUCAGGUGUUCCAAUCCCCUUCAUAUCAUGUGAUUCAGGUGUUCCAAUCCCCUCCCAAUCAUGUGAUUCAGGUGUUCCAAUCCCCUUCAUAUCAUGUGAUUCAGGUGUUCCAAUCCCCUCCCAAUCAUGUGAUUCAGGUGUUCCAAUCCCCUCCAUGUCAUGUGCUUCAGCUGCUCCAAUCCCCUCCCAAUCAUGUGAUUCAGGUGUUCCAAUCCCCUCCAUAUCAUGUGAUUCAGGUGUUCCAAUCC